AUGGAAUCAACUGUAGAAACCGCCACAGUACCUUCUACCAUAGCGUUUCACCAUCGAGUGAUUGCAGCAGCCUUCUUAAUAGCAUCGUCAGUUAUUGGCCUUUUCGGCAACUCCCUCGUCAUCAUCUCCGUCAUCACCACGAAGAAGCUUCGUACGAUCACCAACAUCUUGGUGGUCAAUCUCGCUGUCGCCGAUUUCUUGUCCUGCGUAUCCUUUCCGUUUAUAGCCAUCGGUUUAUUGAGUCAAACUGGACAGUACCCACUCCAUGAAAGCAUCUGCGCCUCUGUAGCAGGUGUGACUCAUACCUGCGUCUUAUGCAGCGCUUCGACCCUUGUUGUGAUCGGGUUCAUUCGGAGAUAUGUCAUAACCAGAUCUGUACGCGGACACCAAGGUUUCCAUACCCCUAGGAAAAUCGUCUCUGUGGCUCUGGCCAUCUGGCUGUUUUCGGCUGCAUACAUGAUCUUACCGCCUGUUCUAGGUGUCGGAAGAUUCGGGUAUUCCACGUAUUAUGGGAUAUGUACUUUUAUUGGGGUCACCAAGCAAUCACUUUACUACGUUACCUGUCAUGGAAUCUUGUUUGCUACAAUCCUUCUGCUUACCCUGAUAUUUUAUGGUUUGAUUUUGCGCCAUGUCAUGCGACACAAUCGGCAGUUUCGUGAAAAGUUCGCAGUCGAGAAAGAUGUCUCUUCUACUUCAAGUGACGCCAACCAAAGCAAAGUUUCCUCGUCAUCCGAUUCCCCAACUCCCAUGAUCAAGGCCAUCAACCAGAAGGAAGUCGAGAUCACUAAGAAUGUCUUCUUGGUUGUCUGUAUCUUCAUCGUUUGUUUCUUGGCAUCCAGCGUGAACUUCAUCAUCCCAGGAAGCAGUUUGUCCACUCUCUAUGGUUACAUGAUCAUGAUGAUAAACAGUGCGAUUAAUCCCAUCGUCUAUGGCCUAAAGCACCCCAACUUUCAAGAAGCCUUCAAAAGAAUCCUAUGCUGUCGCCGUGCACAUUUAGAAUACGUUUCGAAGUAAUAUUAAAGGAAACAUUGAUCUAAUGUAAAUCAAAGUGUAAGGCAAGUUUUUGUUUUUUGUUGUAAAAGGGGAAAUCACCUUAUUCCAUAUAGCAAGUCGUUUAG